UGUGCUCCUCCCGCUCAUCCUCCUCGCGCGCUGCAGUUUCACCUGGAAGCGGAGCAGCAGCGCAUCCUCCCCCCGCCUCUCCUUCUCUUCUCUCCCUCUCUCCUCUCCUUCUCCCCGGUGCGGUUCUGUUUGGUUCCGGCUGAUGUCGGCUCUGCCGCGCUCCCGCUGCUGGACAGUUGCUGCCCCUGUAGCUCUCAGGCCGGGCAUGCCGGUGUGAACGCGGUGGCAUUAGGUUUUUCUUUCUUUUUCUUCUUGCUUUCCCCUCGUCCCUCUCUCUCUUUUUCUCUCUCUCUCUCUGUCUCUCUGCGGCCUGGAACGCGCAAGAUGUCGACCCGAACGCCAUUACCGACCGUAAACGAGCGCGACACGGAGAACCACACGUCCGUAGACGGCUUUCCAGACCCCCCGGCGCCUCCGGCUAAGUCGGGUAGCAGGCAGAGUCUGCCGCGGUGCCGCAACUCCGUGGCGUCCGUCGCAGACGACCAGCCUCACAUCGGCAACUACAGGCUGCUCAAGACCAUCGGCAAGGGCAACUUCGCCAAAGUCAAACUCGCACGCCAUAUUUUAACAGGACGGGAGGUUGCGGUGAAGAUCAUCGAUAAGACGCAGUUAAACCCCACUAGUUUACAAAAGCUUUUUCGUGAAGUAAGGAUUAUGAAGAUUUUGAAUCACCCAAAUAUAGUUAAGUUAUUCGAGGUCAUAGAAACGGAGAAGACACUUUAUUUGAUAAUGGAGUACGCCAGUGGAGGCGAAGUAUUUGACUACUUAGUUGCACAUGGAAGGAUGAAGGAGAAGGAAGCCAGGGCCAAGUUUCGACAGAUUGUAUCUGCGGUGCAAUACUGUCAUCAGAAGAGGAUAGUCCACCGGGAUCUCAAGGCGGAGAACUUGCUCCUGGAUGCUGACAUGAACAUAAAGAUAGCCGACUUCGGCUUCAGUAACGAAUUCACGAUUGGUAGCAAGCUGGACACGUUCUGUGGAAGCCCCCCCUACGCUGCUCCUGAACUCUUCCAGGGGAAAAAAUAUGACGGGCCUGAAGUGGAUGUUUGGAGCCUGGGGGUCAUUCUGUACACGCUGGUCAGCGGAUCGUUGCCCUUCGACGGGCAGAACUUAAAGGAGCUGAGAGAGCGAGUGCUGCGAGGGAAGUACCGUAUCCCCUUCUACAUGUCCACCGACUGUGAAAAUCUUCUGAAGCGCCUCCUUGUGUUGAACCCAGGCAAGCGCGGCAGUCUAGAGCAAAUCAUGAAGGACCGCUGGAUGAACGUGGGUCACGAGGAGGAGGAGCUCAAACCGUACACGGAGCCUGAAGCAGACUUCAGCGAAACCAAAAGAAUAGAACUGAUGAUCACUAUGGGUUUCCCCAAAGACGAUAUCACUGAAUCCUUAGUCGGGCAGAAAUAUGAUGAAAUCAUGGCUACUUAUUUGCUGCUGGGCAGAAAACCGCCCGAGUUUGAGGGAAGCGAGUCGCUGUCCAGCACAAACCUGUGUCAGAUGCCCCGGCCCAACAGCGACCUGAAUAACAGCUCGUCCCAGUCUCCGGCUCACUCCAAAGUCCAGCGCAGUAUCUCUGCCAUGCAGAAACAGCGCCGCUACAGUGACCAUGUUGCCCCGUCGAUCCCCCCAGCCGUAUCCUACACCAAGCGCGCUCAGGCCAACAGCGUAGAAGGAGAGAAGAAAGAGGAGUGGGAGGCGGCUCGGAAGCUCCCCACCUCCAGCUCUAAAGGAGACAUGGCCGUCUCACCGCUGACCACACAGGAGCGCAGAAAGUCUUCUACAGCCUCAGGGAACAGCACAAGCGGAGGGAUGACGCGGAGAAACACAUACGUGUGCGAGCGUACCAGUACAGAGCGUUACUCUGCCAUUCCGAAUGGAAAGGACAGCAGUCUGACAGAGAUGUCUGCAUCUGGUAGUGGCUCCUCUGUGUCUCCUGGAGCCUCCUCAGCUCGGACACGUCAUGUGAAGUCCAUGUCUGCCUCAAGCCAUCCCACCAAGUCCCCCUUACCCCCAAUAGAGGACAAUGCAGAGUAUAAAGGUCCUACCUCUAGCUCCAGGGUACCUGCCGCAUCUCCAUCAACCCACAGCAUCAGCAGUGUAACUCCGGACCGAACACGUUUCCCCCGGGGCACGUCAACCCGCAGCACCUUCCACGGAGCCCAGCUGAGAGAGCGGCGUAGCGCCACCUACAACGGACCGCCUGCUUCUCCUACGCUCUCGCACGACACAGGAGCGCUGGUUCACACCCGGAGAGGAACUUCAACCGGCAUCAUCAGUAAGAUCACAUCUAAGUUUGUGCGCAGGCUACCGAAUGAAGGAGAUACCAGAUGCAGAGCAAACAGCUUGAGGAGCAGCUUAGGAGAACCUAAAGAUGACGGGCGCGAUUCCAAGCCUCGGUCCCUACGCUUCACGUGGAGCAUGAAGACGACGUCUUCCAUGGAGCCCGGAGACAUGAUGCGAGAAAUCCGCAAGGUGCUGGACGCCAACAAUUGUGACUACGAGCAGCGCGAGCGCUUCCUGCUGUUCUGCGUUCACGGCGACGCCCGUCAGGACAGCCUCGUCCAAUGGGAGAUGGAAGUAUGCAAGCUGCCCCGCCUGUCUCUCAACGGCGUCCGCUUCAAGCGCAUCUCGGGCACCUCCAUCGCCUUCAAGAACAUCGCAUCCAAAAUCGCCAACGAGCUGAAGCUGUGAUGGGGGUCGGGGUCGGGGGAGCGAUAACGCCAAAAACUGCACCACGGAAUCUCGCUGCGUCGAUGUCUACAGUGCGUUUCUGGAUCGUUUGGGCACCAUUUUGAGUUUACUGCUUUCUGAGGCUACUGAUGUAUGGGUUUGGCCAGUCGAGAUAUAUAUAUAUAAUAUAUAUAUAUAUAAAGAUAAGAGCAUCCUUGGUAUCCCCAGUUCCCUACUUUCCUCCCACAUAUACACAAGGUUAGCGCAUAAACAUCUUUGCAAUAAUAACGAAACCCGUGUGAGGGUCAGCAGGUCGGUGUUCCUUUACAGAACCACCUUUGUAGGCGAAAGCAGAGACUUUUAAUGCUACUUUUUCCACAUGUACAGUUAAGAUACCGAACGUUUUGUUGAAUUGUUCAUAGACUUGUAUAAUACAAGACUCUUUCAGCCUACGUAUCCGAAGGUGUUGUAAAGUAUUGAGUUCUGCACAAAAAAAUGUUUAGACGGUUAUGUUUAGCUUUUA